CUCGGUGAGCCGGCGGCCGCGGAGCCCUGAGGAGAGCCGCGCCGCGCCGCCGCCAUGUCCCUGGACGCCACGGACCCGGUCUCGGAGACGAGUGACCAGGAGAGGGGGUACAGAUUUCCCACCCACUGUUUCACUGCCCAGAGACCAGAGCCAGGCGCCUGGAGCCUGGCUGGUGGGACCUGCUUGUCUGGACCACGCCGCCCUGUCUCCUCAGGCAGAGGGAGACGACACUCAGUCUGCAGCGACCUUUGACUCUGACUCGGAGACGAAAGCUAAAAGGAAAAGUGUUCACAGACCUCCACCCACCUCGCCCAAGUCACCCUAUUACUCUGAGCCGAGGAAGGGGACGUCCUGGAGGUCUCUCAAGACAGCGGGGAGCAUGCCUCUGAGCAGCAGGACGUCCCUGUCGCCACAGAAGCUCUGGCUGGGCACGGCCAGACAAGGUCAUGUCCCCGGGACUCCCGUGUACCGAGAGAAGGAAGACAUGUACGAUGAGAUCAUCGAGCUGAAGAAGUCACUGCACGUGCAGAAGAGCGCCGUGGACCUGCUGCGGACGAGGCUGCGGCGCUUACAGGAGGAGAACAGCAGGAAGGACCGGCAGAUCGAGCAGCUCCUGGAGCCAGGCCGAGGCCCCGAUUUUGUUCGGACUCUGGCGGAGAAAAGGCCCGACGCUGGCUGGGUCAUCAACGGGCUGAGGCAGAGGAUCUUCAAGCUGGAGCAGCAGUGCAAGGAGAAGGACACCACCAUCAACAAGCUGCAGACAGACAUGAAGACCACCAACCUGGAAGAGAUGCGGCUCGCCAUGGAGACCUACUACGAGGAGAUCCACCGUCUGCAGACUCUGCUGGCAAGUUCCGAACCCACAGGAAAGAAGCCUGCGGGGGAGAGGAAGACCGGCGCUAGACGGCAGAAGAAAACGAGCAGCACCCUCCUCAGCUUGUCCCGGAGCGUCCAGGAGCUCACGGAGGAGAACCAGAGCCUCAAGGAGGACCUGGACCGCGUGCUGAGCAGCUCGCCCGCCAUCUGCAAAGUGAAGGGUUACGUGGAGUGGAGCAAGCCCAGGCUGCUGAGACGCAUCGCGGAGCUGGAGAAGAAGAUAAAUUCAGUGGAGAGCUCGAAGGCUCAUGCUGCAGACGUGAGCACACCAAACUCCCUGGCCCCCUCGGCGUCCACCUCCCCAGUGCACAGACAGCCGCCGGCCGACUGCCAGGAGGACCUCGCGCGCCUGCGGGGGGCCGUGAAGAGCCUGAAGGGGGAGCGGGGCACACUGCAGGCGCAGCUGCUGGAGAAAGACGUGGAGCUGCGGCGGCUGCUGCAGGCCAAGGCCGACCUGGAGAAGCAUCUGGAGAGCGCCAGGGAAGGCGAGAGGCAGCGUCGCGGGCAGGAGCAGGCCUUGAGAGAGGAGAUUCAGGCACUGACCACCAAGCUCCAGGAACUGGAGGAGACCAGGAAAGGAGAGAGAGCUGGCCCUGUGGAGGUCAGUCUAGAGGCCCAAGAACGUCCAGCGUCCCCCGCCAGCAGCAGGCUCUCCCUGCAGGACCCCGAGGCAGGCGCCAGUGAGGAGGGCGUCUCGCGGGCCCCCUCCCCCUGCGUGGAAGGGAGAAGAGACGCCGCCGCCCGGGUCCUGCAGACCCAGUGGAGGCUGUACAAGCACAAGAAAAAGCAGACCGUGCUGGACGAGGAGGCAGCAGUGGCGCUUCAGGCAGCUUUCAGGGGACAUCUCACCCGGGCGCAGCUGCUGUCAAGACAAGGGCGCAGCCCAGAGCCUCCCGGUGGGCCAGGCCGCUCACCUCAGGACUCGCCCACGCCCCGCAGUCCAAGCCCCGUGACCGCGGACGAGCACAGCCCAGAGGCAGCCAUUGUCAUGGUGCAGUCCGUGCUGCGGGGACACCUGGCACGGGCCAGGCUCAGCGCGACCUCUGCUAGGAAGAGACCUGCCUCUGGCCCACGCGGAACCACCCCUCCACCGCCCCGCCGCACGGCCUCCCCUGGUGAGGAGGACGGUGAAGCCAGCGGCUGGGAGGCCACGGAAGACCUGGAGGAGCCAGCAACCCCGCAGGCACGCUCUGCACGCUCUUCCCCCUCGGGGCCGCAGCCCAGGGACGACGUUGACUCCGACGACUCCGACGACGUCGUCAUCGCUCCGCUCCUGCCCACAAAGAAAAGCUCCUCCCAUCCCAGGUUCCCGUCCCCACCUCCCAGUGGCAAUGGCUGUCAGGAUUAGGUUAGGGCUAGAGAACAAGGCGCGCUCCGGAGGUGGAGACCCGUCCCGUCAGGAACAGAACUGCACCUGCUUACCACCCAGCACCCUCACGGGUUUCUCUCCUUGGCUUUGCUGUUUUGUUUAAGAAAUCCCAAGUGCCUCUACGUCACUCUCUGGGAGGGCCAAGUGGCUCCGUCACCCCUCAUCCCCAGCUGCCCUCCAGAUGGCGGGGGCGCUGGGAAGAUGCCCCCUGUAGCGGCCGACAGCCUGCCUUUGGCCAGACUGGGCACGGCUGCCCAGCAGGGGGCAGCCUGGGGGCACUGUCACUGGCCCAGCGUUGCCACAGCCUCAGCCGCCAGGCACGGCCACGAGGCCGGUGGGGCAGGGGUUAAUACGAGGGUAGCAGUAGCAGGGCCCUGACGUGCGCUCUGGCCCACCACACGGUCCUUCCUUCCCCAUUCCCCUCCCCUCCCGCCUGGGGCGCUGCCCACCAGAGCUGCCCUCCCCAGGAAGGACUCUGGGUGGAAUUGGGCACUGGGUCCACCGAGACCUGAGAGACAGCAGGAGCCCCAGGAGCGGCGUGACACACACGGCAGGUGCACUCGCCUCCCUGGGCUCGCCGGGGGCAGGCGGCAGCCGUCAUGCUGUGUGCCUGGCUCCCUGCCCCCAGAAGGCCCCGAGGUCUGUAAGAUGAGCCCUUGCGUGUGGCAAAGCCCCAGCCCGCAGCCCCAGGCCGGGGGCUCCUCUCAGGACAGGUCGGGGUGAGGGGGCCCCUUGGACAGUGCCACAUCCCUGACCGAGCACAGCCUCUCACAGCGGGAGGCGCUCUCACCGCCCCUGCCGGCGAGCGGAGGGGAAAGGUGAGGACUGUCCAGCCCCUUUCUCCACUUAGGCCCACGUACGGGGCUGCACGUCUCAUUCUUUGGCCUAUGAGCUGCCAAACCGAUUCUUUUCAUUGAAUGGCCUGGUGACGGCCAAGUGAGCCACGGAUCCCGCCUCCAUUCGUGCACUUGGGUGUGCUGCCCGUGGAGCCACCCCAACCUUGCCUGUCUGCUCAGUCAAAGCUACAAGACACCCCCAAAGCACCAAGAGGGUGGCAAGAGGCCCCGCCUGCUCAUUCUCGGGGUCCCGGCUUGGAAAAGGUGCCCUGUGUUAGCCGCUCACCAGAGGAAACGGGGACCUGGGUUUGGCCUCAGGUGUGGGGACAAGUUGGGCGGGGCUCAGCAAGGGACUCGGGCUGUGUGGUGGCCCAGGUCAUCCUGGCCGGGGCAGGCCUGACAAAGUCACGUCAGCCUGCUGACUUGAGUUUCCCAAGAAAACGCCCAGAGAACUGUGAAAUAAAAUGUACCUGCCUGUCCUGCGGUGCAGCUGUGGCUGCUCUGCGAACGACCUCACGCCUGUGUCCGCUCUGCCCCUUCCUGCACUGGCCACCGUCCCUGUGCUGGGGAGAGCCACCCCCU